CUUUUACUAGCACUGACGCUGCUGUCAGGCCACCACCAUCGUAGGGAGGAAACAAAAGUAGACACCACGCUAUCGAGCUAGCCGGCUAACCUCAGACCCUCAGCCCUGCAGCGAGACUGAGGACCACAAAACCCAGCCCUCCUCCUCCUCGCCUGCCCGCGUCCACCGCCCGGGCUCUGUCGGGUGGGCCCAGCCCUGGUCAACGGCGAUCAACUGCUCCACGCUGCCGCGCGUGACACUGUCAUGGCAUCCAACAGCAUCUUUGACUCCUUCUCCAACUACAGCAGCAAUCUCCUCAGAGAGCCGCCCACCACCAGACGGUUCACGCCGCCCUCCACGUCCUUCCCCUGCAGUAAACUCGGAGACGGCAACGGGGCCAUGGCCACCCCGGGGCCCCUCAGGACGAGACCGGACACCAGGAACGUGGUGGACGUCCUGGCGGACCACGCCGGCGAGCUGGUCCGCACCGACAGCCCGAACUUCCUGUGCUCCGUCCUGCCGUCGCACUGGAGGUGCAACAAGACGCUGCCCGUGGCUUUCAAGGUCGUGGCUCUCGGUGACGUUCCCGACGGGACUCUGGUGACGGUGAUGGCCGGCAACGACGAGAACUACUCGGCCGAGCUGAGGAACGCCUCGGCCGUGAUGAAGAACCAGGUGGCCCGAUUCAACGACCUGCGCUUCGUGGGCAGGAGCGGCCGAGGGAAGAGCUUCACUCUGACCAUCACUGUCUUCACUGGACCACCGCAAGUGGCCACUUACCACAGAGCCAUCAAAGUCACCGUGGACGGACCCCGGGAACCACGCAGGCACAGAGUCAAGAUAGAAGACCCCGGGAAGAUGCAGUUCUCAGACAGGCUGUCAGAGAUCGAGCGCUACCAGCGGAGUAUGCGUAUAGGCCCAGUGAACAACAACCCCCGCCCCAUCCAAACACACCUCAGCACCACACAAGCACUGUGGCAGGAUCAGAUGGACACUCCUGCCCUGAAGACAUGCAAGGUGGAGGAGGACCUGAGGCCAUGGCCAGGAACCACAGACCUCUUCCAGCAGAGGACCACCUUCCCGUCUCUGUCGCCCCUGACUGACCCCCGCUUCUCAGACCCGCGCAUGCAUUACCCCGGGGCCUUCCCUUACUCGGCCAACACCUCCAGCACUGGCAUCAGUGGCCUGAGCAUGUCGGCCUCUUCUAGAUACCACACCUAUCUGCCGCCGCCGUACUCAAACAACCAGACCCAGAACUUCCAGUCCAACUCUUACCUGUAUUACGGCACCGGCUCUGGAUCCUACCAGUUCUCCAUGGUGGCGCCGGGGAACACCGGGGGCGAGCGCUCGCCCACCCGCCUGCUGUCCUGCUCGGGGGCCGGAGGCACCGGAGGGACCAACAGCCUGAUGAACCCUGGCCUGAACACCCAGAGCGAGGGCGUGGAGGCCGACGGCAGCCACAGCAACUCCCCGACGGCCAUGAGCGCCUCGGGUCGCUUGGAUGAGUCCGUCUGGAGGCCUUACUGACUGACAGACAAUCAGAGGGUGUGGGAGGAGCGACGUUAAGGAAGUCAAAGAGGAUGUUGAUCAAAAAAAAAAAGAAAAAAAAGAAAAGCUGAACACUGAAAAAAAACAAACAAAAAAAAGAGAACGGCUGCAUGUUUGUCUUUUAUUUCUCCAGCACUCGCUUUAAAAAAAUAACUCUCCCAAGACUCCCGUGUUAUUUUGUAAGAUUUGAGCAAACUCCUGCACUGUGCUAAAAACAUGUACUCAGAAAAACAACAGCUUAUAAAUUAAGAAGAUGUUCAGCUGAGAAAAGAAGGGAGAGUCGAAAAAACCCAGAGAAACCAAAGUAAAGAUUCAGGAACUUUUUUUCUGGUGCAAACCAUUUACUCAUCAGAGACUCAAGAGACAAUGGAAGUAAAACACGCGAUGAACUGGAAAAUGACAGCAGACGCUUGAGACCGAGGAGAAACUCACCUGAGGACGUUUUGCUCCAGGAGAGACUCCGACUGCGUCCGCGUCGCCGUGGCGAUCGGUUCCUUUAAAAGUUUUAAUUUCUGUAAAAUGUAAUUAUUGCAAAAACAGACAAAAAAAGACAAAAAAAAAGAGAAAAGAAGUCAGUUGUGAAAAACAACCUGGGAUGCAGACAGAGUUUGUUUAAUGACCAUCUCACCGUGCACGUGCAGUACUUUCACACAGAGCGGCUGGUGGUGCUGCGGUCGGCAGACGGCGAUCCGCGACGCUCGCCGCAAAUCUGGGAGAAAAGCAUGGGAUGUGUCACGACUCUACAUUCUCAGCGGCUGAUGUUUUGAGGAAUGUAAAAGUCUAAAUGCAAAAGGAGUGUUUUUCAGUUUCUAUUCUCAGUCCUGUUGUGCCUACGCUUUUACUUUUUUGUUUCCUCCUUAUUUUUUUCUAAUCCAGUCCCCUUUCAUGAAAGUGCUCGUCUGGUAUUUUUCAUCUGGAUGAUAAACGGUUUACUUUUUUUUUUUUUUUGAUAUUUAUUUGAGCCAAAUUGUGAGGAAAUGUACGCAUAUACCCCCAAAAUCCUUGAGCAUUUCUCGCUACCUUUCCUUUUUAUACAUAAUUAUAUAUAUAAAUAUAUACAUACAGUAUAUAUAUAUACCAUGUUUUGUUGUUAUAAGUAUAAAUUUGGAAUUUGUGUAAUAUAUUGUUACUAAAUUAUGAAAAACAAAACCUUUUAAUGUAAUUAUUUUGUCUUCCAAAUGUAGCUUUGAUGCACUAAAAACUUUGAUUCCUUAUAUGAACCACGCCCAACAGAUUCAGUCCGGAACCUUUUUAUUGAGCUAUGUCCAAAAACUGCCUUCCUGUGCUGAAAAGAGUCCUUUGCUUAAUGUUUGCACUAUGUUUGAACUCAUAUCUCUUAUGGUUUUUGCAUUUACAAAUAUCUAAAUCUGAAGAUUCCUGCCUUACACACGGAGAACACACUUCAAGUGACCUUUGGACUAAUCCUUCACCAAAUAUUGAACGGUUUCACACUCUCUCACACACACACACAGAUUCCUGCACCACAGGUGUGUGCACAUUCCCUCUGACCUGUCCUGAGGUCACUGCAGUCACAUGUGAUCCCUUUAUCCCUGAAGGGGAAAAGAGUGGGGAGGAUGAGGGGAUGAAACAAGGCAGAGGGGUCAGAGUGGGAUCUUCUUACCAACACCUCACAAUAGUUAUGCAAAAAAAAAAAAAGAAGAAGAAGAAAGAAAGCUCACUUGUGCAAAGGUGCCUUUGUUCUGAUUAAUUAGCAAAUGCUUCGCUGCUCUAAUUUAACGAUCAUCGUCAGUGCCAGAAGCUCGCGGCUCAUACACCUGCACAGGUAAUGUUAGCGCCAGGCUGCAGGUUUCGGGUGUCAUGUGACAUUUACCGGCAACGUCUUCCAGGGAAGACGAUUAUCACUCAUGACUCUGUGCGACGGGUGUUUGGUUGCUACACAAGUGAGAUUUCAUUUCAAAGCUAGUGUGUGUGUGUGUGUGUGUGUGUGUGUGUAGCUCAGGUAAAAAAAACAAAAAAACAAAACUUAUGCAACUUAUGUUUCGCAACAAAGACUCUGCCUUAUUCCUCUUUUUAUUUUUUUUUUAAAUAAUCAACGGCGACGACGACGUCUCAUUCCCCUUUGAUUUGGAGGAAACGUAUUUUUCCUGAACCUCAUGCAGCUAAAGAACGCCACACACGUCGUUACAGUCGUGUGGUUUCUUCAACAAUAAAAACACCAAAGAUCUUCACAACUGCCUGUUAAACUGUGUGGAUGUUUAAUAACGUGCGUUGGAUUGAAAGAGCACAAUGUCUUUUCAUUUUCUUUGUAAAAGAAUCCCCAUAUAAGCAAAAAAAAAAAAAAAACAAUGUAAAGUCAUCUUCCUGUCUUUGUUUCCUCUUUAUGCUCAAAGCAUGUUCAUCUGAAACUGAUAUGUUAAUUUAAAGAAUCUCAUCUACAUAUGUAAUAAUAUCGUUACUGCUUCCAUAUUGAGUGCUUGUACAAUUUGCGGAUAAUGUAGUUUUUAAUCAUUUGAAUUAAAAAACAUGUGUCUCA